AGCAAAGCACUCUUAAUUAAUUAACCAAUUUACGCUUAUGUGCAAAUAAAUCCAAAAUUCUUCGAGCAGAAAAAAAAAAAAAAGAAAAAAUCACCUGCCGAUAUCAAUGACACGCUAUUUUCUUGCUCGCGCGACGUUGCGCAAAGAAGAUUCGAAUUACCGCCGGCCACGAUCGACGACCGUUUUAUUGCAUCAUCAUCAUCAUCGCGUUACGCGUCAACGAACUCAUUGUUCGAAUUUUCCUUUUUAUCGAGUCGUCGCGCGGCAGCACUUUUACUACUGCGGGGUUUAAUCUGCGAGUAACAGACCGAUCCGAUCCUGUCCCCGUGAUUCAGAGUUUUUUAUUUUUUUUGUUUUUUUUUUGUUUUUAAUUAUGCACGCAACGCGCGCGGCUCUCGCAUAAAUUUAACGCACCGCGACGUUAGUAAGCGAGUAGUCCCUAGAAACCGGUCGAAAGUUGGAAAACUUGGCGCGCAUUCUGUCCUCCGAGAAUUUUUCUCCUUUGAUAUCAUACAUCAAAAUGUUAUUCGGGUCAUUCGGGAGAGAAAUCUCGGACCGUUUCCCGCGCGCGCGGUUGUCAUCUCCCGAGAGUGAUUAUUUAUGACCGAGUACUAUAUCUUGGAUACGCGCGCAAGAAAAAUCAGUGUGUGUGUCCGUUAUAUCAUCAGUUGUGAUAAUUUUUCAGAACGAAUGACGUCAGCAAGCGACACAAUAGAGGAAAGCACUUGCGACUACACAUCCAACUGGACCGCGUGACAUCUGGAUACAAAAAAAAAAAAAAAAAAAAAAAAAAAUGUCAACCUUGGGAAUAUCUUGCUACGAGGAUGGAUUUCGUCUGGGUGGUCCGCCGUCCGAGUGUUCGCUCAAAAGCAAGGCGCAAAUCGACGCGCUGUUCGAAGAUUCCAGAUCGAUUUGCAGCUCCACUUUGGGAGGGUGGUACGCCGGUCUGUCCAACGCGACCAACCCCGACGAUGUGGGCGCCGAGGAGCAGAAGAGGGUGAACAGCGCCGUCCAGGCGCGCAUCGAAGCGAUGUUCGCCUCGGUGGAGGCCGAAAGUGGAACGCCCGGUGAAUGCGCCGCCGCUAUUCUGCCGGUGAAAUACAUGGGAGCCGCCCCGGUCGGCGGACGCGUUGCGAGCGUGCGCGGUCUUCAGGAACCACUUCGUCAGCUGUUGGAACGCAUAGAAGUGUGCGUGAGGGCCGAGUUGGAGGUUUCCAGACGCGGACUUACGUUUCGCACGAGCGAGAUCUGUGAGAAAAACAAUCCCUUCCGCAGAAUAGCGGUAUGGAGCGCGCUGAGGCUGCGCUGCAAGAGAACACCGUCGGGCGACGUGCAUCACGCAUUUCUACCCUUAGUCGGCGAUCAGGAUCAGGGACAGACGUUGGAAGACAAACACGCCGAUCUCUACAGAACAAUGCGUGGUUUGAGAAGCGAGGCGGAAUGUUACCCUCCGAUCUUCGCUGUGGUGAUGCGACGACCCGGAGCCGCCAAGGUAUUGGAGUGUCACGCGUUCGCCUGCGAAUCCGAGGAGGACGCCGUAGCGGCCGCGGCCACGUUGUAUCGCGCUCUUCUCGCCGAUCUGGACGCGAAUCGCCGACGACCCCGUCACGCAAACGGGCUCGGCUGCGUGAGUCUGGCCUCGGUUGUUUCCAGCGCGCGGGAACAACCGAGUCUCGGCCGAAGGAUCGGUUGUUUGCUGCCGCCGCCGCCCAGACCGACGGCGCCGCAUCCCGUGCGACCGCCCAGAAUGAAGAAGAGUUCGGUAAGCAGUUCCGUCACCGAGGACGAGAGCGCGAAGCCCAGUUUGCAGAAGGUUCCCCGAAGAAAGAAGAAGAACUCGGACGUGAAGGCGGAAGACAUUCUCGAGGCGCGCGGAAGAAAACGGGACAACGUCGUCAAAGGCGAGAAGCAGAGCAAUUCGGGACAGUUGAAGCGAGACGUCGUUUUGUUGAGAAACGAGGAAUUGCAAAAUUCAAAGAACAAGAUGUUCUCCGUCGAGGAGAACGAGAGUCACGCAUCGAGAAUCGAGAUCGAGUCGAACAAAUCCGAGAAGAUCUACGACGCCAGAGAUGCGAGCGCGCUUUACGAGAGGCAGUCCAACAAGUACGAAAAAUUGUACAAAUCGAACAACAAUCCGAAGGAUUGUUCGCAGAAUGACAUUUACGAGAGAAACUACGGAUCGUACGACUUGAACCGAGCGAGCGGAAACGCGCCGGCUGAGCGACAAUCGUAUUCUCCCAGAGCCGAGAGCGUUUUAAUGUACGACAAGGUGAACAAGAUCGGCAGGAACGAGAUCGGUACCGCGUACGAGCCGAUCGGCAGAAAAAAAGACAUUGUUUACGGCUCGCGCAUCGAAGACGCCGACAAGAUCGAAAGUAUCGGAAAUGAGGACGUUUACGCGGUCAAGAACAACAGAGGUCAAACGCGAAAUCGUCAGGAGGACGAUAUCUUCUUCGCGAAGAACUCGCGUCAGGAGCACUCGGACAGCACGGGGGAUCAGCAGAAGCGCUCGAGAAACCCGGAGAAGAUACACCACUCCGGCAAGAGAGUCAGCAGGAUGGUCACCAUGGACAAACCGUUGAAGAAGGACCAGUCGGAUCCUUACUCGCUGAACGUGCCGGAGUACAGUCGUCCACGGGUGAGAAGAAGAAGCAGAGCUGGGAGCGAACCUCCCGUCAGUCACUCCGACAAGACCAACAAGAUACUUCACGAAAAUGCGUUGAAGAGAUCUCAGAGCGAUAUAGACGUGGACAAAGGCGAUCUGAUGACGAGAGUCGAGUUACCCAGACGAGGGAGUUUCUUGACCGCCGGAAGUGGGAGGAGACCGAAUAACAUCAACGGCGGCACUCCUCUCGGAUUUACGGAAUUGUUCGACGAGUUCAGAAAUCAGGAAGGCUUGACUAGCGUCGACGACAUCUUGGCGGCUAUUAUAGACCCGGAAGGCAUGUCGUUCAACGACCUCAAACCGCUGUACAAGGAAUUUCUAUUAAAGCUUGCGGCAACUCUGACGCAAGACGAAUUGUAUCAGAGAUCGGCCAGCAUCAUGAGAAGACGUCGAAGACCGCAAAGACGAAGAUCGAGCCGUCGUACCUGCUUGCUGGGCAGAGCCAUCAAGAGAUCGGUCUCGAGGCUCAAAGGCGGACCCACGGAAUUCACUUCCGUGAUAUUCCCGGCCAGAAGAUUGAACGACAGUUUCGGCAGCAGUUCGUCCUGCGACGUCAGAAACAAUCACCGCAAUCGAGUUCUGGCGAGCAGACUCGGGAGGAGAAAAUCCUCGUGGAGGAUCGCGAGCAAGAGCGGCGUGUGCCACACAACCUCCGAAGACAGCGAUACAUGUAGACGACUGAGUCGCAGCGUAGGCGCGACCGCGAACAGAAGCAGCAGCGGCUACGUGAGCUGCAGCGAGUGCAGCUACGAUUCCGAGUCCUGCACGUGCGUGUCGGCGGACAAGUGUUACUGCUCGCUGUCCAGGCGAAUGCCAGCGGACACGUCCGCGCCCGGGAACGCGAUAAUUUGCGCCUGCGACACCGACAGUUGCUCCGAGAGCAACAAGUGUUACUGCGCGCGAAAGCCGACGCAGCCUAGCAUACUCGAGCAACUUCGACAGAAGGGAAUCGUUCCGUCGGAGAGUACCCUCAGCAGAGGAGACAGUCCCGGGGAGAGGAUCAGAGGUUCGAAAGUGACCGGUAGUCAUAGUUCAUCUCGCAACAUCGAUUUUCACAAGAAACGAUCGUCGGCGGUUUGCGGUAGUUCGGACAAUUUGGCGUUAGAUUACGAUCUGUUCAGUCCGGGAAGACGAUCUCAGCAGUCGUCCGGGAGCGAGAAAGUUCUCGUGGUCAGCGCCAGGGAUACUCAGGGCCGUCUGGUUUACGUAGGCGGCGCGGAACGGGACAAGAAGCAUUCCUCUCGCGGCAGCGGCAGAUCCGGAGCGCAUCACGAGGCGCUUUCCAUUAAGAAAAGCGCGGAAAUCGCCGCGGUUUUCGGAGACAGCAAUCGAAUAUCCAGAAGAACCAGUAACGCGUCAAGCGUAAAAAGCUCGGUCAGCCUCGAAGCUGGUUUGGGUUACUUACCAUGACACAAAAUUGUCGAAUAACUUAAUGUAUCUAAUCGAAUAUAAUAAUAAUAUACGUAAUAUUUUGAGUAUUGCUAUAUACAAGUACACAUAUCUUGCCAUUCGCGUCACGCGAACGUAAAACGGAAGUUUUUUCUUAUGAUUAUGUGUCGUAAAUUUAUUUUUAGUCGUUUUUUUUUUUCAAUGUAUGCUACGUACCUGUUUCAUCAUAAUUUUAACGUUUAAGUUAAACGUAAAGAAAUAGAAAUUCAUUUCUAUUUCUAUCUUCUCACAUAGAUUUUUGUCGCUUACACGCGAUAAAAAAUC